AUGGAACAAGGACUCUGUAGCACACACAAAACCUUUACAAAAAAACACCACAUCCUGUUAGAAGACCCAGUAAGUGACCUUAGUAAUUGUAUUCACAAAUGGGCGUCAAUCGGUGAAAAGUUAGAUAAAGUAGAUAAGAACGAAGUUGAUGAAGAUGAGUGUGUCCAAUGUGAAAAAGGUGUCUCUGCUGUGAAAAGUGAAAGGAAGAGGGUGAAAUUUCAAACACAAGUUUCACUGAAUUUUAACACUCCCAGACCGGAAGAGAUGCAAGCAAGGCUGCAGAAGUGGUUGCAAAAACGUGGAAAGUCCUUAGAUUCCUACCACCACUUGCAGUGGUUUGGUAUUUUUCGUCUAUCCAAAGAUAUCAAGUCAUUGGAGGCGCGUAAAUUUGAGUCAUAUGAUGAGAAAAAUAAAGAGAAUGUAGCAGUGGAGUCUGAUAGCAAUAAUCAAUCAUACACAGAUAAUUUGAUACACAGAUAA